AGAAGAAGAAGAAAAAAAAAGGAAAUUGGCUAGUUUUUGAUGGAACACUCAGCGGUUCAAGAGCUCACAAAAGCAAAGAUUUUGAUGGCUCAGUUUUGGCUCCUCAACGGCGAUGCAACAGAUACCGUGAGGGAGUUAAGUGAAGGAAUCAUGAGAGCUGUUGAAGCUAGCCUCUCCCUCCUAAACCCUAGCCAGAAGAUCGCAGGCUCCCCGAAGGAGUCCGAGGAUUUGGAUCCGAGACCCGACAAGGGAGGGAAGCGUCUGCGUGUGGAGAACCCGAACCCGAGAGAGCAAAGAAAGAGGAGAUCAACACAAAAUUCGAAGAGAAUAGUAACUAUUUCGCCCUUUGGUGACGGCUACCAGUGGAGAAAGUAUGGUCAGAAGAUUAUUCGAAAUUCAGAAUUUCCAAGGUCCUAUUACAGAUGCACAUAUGAUGAUUGCAAAGCAAAGAAACAAGUUCAACAAAUUAAAAACCCAACCUAUCCACCUCAGUAUGAAGUCAUCUCCAGCAAUAUGGAACACUCUUGCAAUUCAAGGGCACGGUGCUCUAGCCCUCAACUCUCUGCUGAGUCGGAGUUCACAGUUAUCGACUUCGGUUCAAAUGUUGAUACAGACCAAAGUAUUGAUUUCGGUUCAGAUGCACCGAGCCCGGUGCUCAAAGAGAAAGAAAAGGAUGAAGAGGAUCAGUCUUUUGAUACCUUGACCACUGAUUCUUACGGUACUUCAUCUAUCGACGAUGGCUUCGGUUUGGUGGAGCCAUUAUCUCCUGCAGGCCAAUUUUAUGGAUUUGAUGCGUUAGCUUGUGAUUAUGGCACUGAGGAGAAUUUUGAUUCCAUGGUUCCAUUUCCAUGUCUUUAUGAAGAUUUAUGGGAGAGUAGGCAACUUGUGUAAGUUAAUAUCAGGAAAUUAUUUGCAGGAAUUUGAUUAGAAGUAUGAGUACCUUGACCUGUAUUAAUUGAAGGAGAAUUACAGGUUGAGAUGAGUUGAGUAUGCCUAAAAAAUAACUGGGUAUUGCAAUUUGCAGAAAUUACACACAAAGAAAUGUGUGAAGAAGCCUGUAAAUUGAAUAUCAAAUAUAUUUUACAGAAUUUUUUGAUCUUUGCUCCUCAAAAAUUUCUCCUCUCUACAUAUAU